UAAGCAGACGGCAAGUGAGUCAGUCAGUCGUAUACUGAAAGUAUUAUAAUAUAAUAAUAAUAAUAUGAUUUAAUUAAUUAAUUAAUGUUGUGUUGUUUGCUAAGUGUUUGGUAUCGCCUAUUGGUUAAUUAAGAUAAAUACCGAUAUGAGUGAACAGUCAUCAACAUCGAUGAAGAAGUCGAAAAAGACUAAUAAUGUCCAACAAGUUGUCCGAAAAACAACGACAGAAAUUGGUGUCGAAGAAGAAGAUGAAGAAGUAGUAGACAACAGUUGGCGAAAAAGUUUCGACAGAUUUGGCGACGAUUUGGCACAACUUCUGUUGUCUUAUCUGUCAAUCUGUCAGCGAUUCCGCUGCGAAUGUGUAUCGAAACAAUGGCAACAAGUUAUCUAUGAGUUGCAGACUUUAUUGGAUACCAAUGAUGACGAACUCUUUGGUGGACAACAACAACUGAUGGCAACAAACCAUCACCGAAAACAACCGAUUGAGACAAUAGAGACCGUACUGAACAAGUGUCCGAACAUAACCUAUAUAUACAUUGAUAUGAGUAAACCAUUUGUUGGUAAACUUAUUGAACUAAUUGCCGCUAAAAACUGUCAAAAUUUAGACAAAUUAUAUACAAUAACUAAUUACUAUCACUUGAGAUCUGAUCCAAUGAUUCCAUCAGUCAAUACUUUGGAUAACAUUGUCUUCGAUAGUCAGUAUUAUCCACCGUUUAGACCAAUGCACGGGUCAUUUUAUGGCAACAAAGCUGAUAAAUUUAGUCAACAAUUAUCUAUACAACCAAUUAAUAGUUAUCUAAAUACUGUUACGUAUGUCAAACAAAAUAAUUUAUUUUCAAUUAUUUUUGCUAACCAUCGACAACACGAUUACUAUUAUCUCAGACAAUUGAAAUCAAUUUAUUUCAACUAUAGUUUAUUAAGUGGAAAAAAUUACGAUAACUUUGUCGAUAAUUGUGCCAAUAGUUUACUGAAAUUGCAUGUCGUUAUCAAUGCAUACACUAAUGUGGUGUCAUUGAAGAGAUUGAUGACGGGUUUGUCACGGAUGACACUAAUGAAUGAUUUGCUAAUUGAAAACAAAGGAUUACCGAUAAUAGGAUUCGGUGAUCAACUGAAACUGAUUGGCCAACACUGUCGACAACUACGUAGACUAGCUUUAGAUAUGAAUAUAGGAUCCGUUGUCAAUGCCGACAAUAACACCAACAAUAACAACAUAUUGACCACAAUUAACCAACACUUUGGUAGUCAUCUCCGGUGUCUGGAGUUUGCAUACAAUCCCAGUGAACACAAUAGUUUCGAUUGUCUAACACUGGAUCAGAUGAAACAGUUGAGACGUUUAUCGUAUUAUCGAUAUGAUUGGCAUUUACGUGACAAUAGUUUUUUCGUUAAACUUGUCCAUCAGUUACCACGUCUUGUCUGUCUAUCGAAUACCAGAAGAAAUGGAUUAAUGUCUUCAUCGACGACAACAACAACAACAACACCUAAAUUCAAGAAAUCUUAUUUGUUUUCAUAUUUCGAUAAAAAAGUGACUCAAUUAAGCCAAUUGUUGGACAAUAAAUCGCAACUUAAAUGUAUUGAAUACAAUGGUAACAGAUAUUUGUUGAAAUAUCGGCCAUAAAUACAUAUAGUGUAGUGUAGUGUUGGUAAAAAAAAUAAGUGAGAAAUUUCUGGAAAGUUUCUAUUGAAUUUUUUUUUGUCUAAUGGGAUCCCAAAUGUGUUUAAUUUUGUUUUCUCG